AUGGCGGGAGGGCGGUGCGAGCCUGAAUCGGAGGCCUGCACAAUCCUGGAACGUGGGGCAGACGCAGUGACGCAUCGCAUGACGACACACGCAGUACGCCCAGCUGGUCCCGCCCAUCCCAUCGGGAGCGAGGGAAAGUCCCCGGACCGCGGGCAGAAAGUGCCACGCACACACGUGCGUCUGGCCUAUGUCGCAGCUCCAUAUCUUCCCGCCAAGAGGUUCUUCUACCUUAGUGGAAGCACUGAGCGGAGUGAGCGCGGUGAGGCCAACCUUAGUCAAGAAUUGGAUAGUUACGCAGGCAGAUUCCCUGACCUGCAGUGUGCCUAUGGGCUGUGGGCCCUGCUUGGGGUGGUGUCCCUGUUGCUGCUUUUGGUACUGGCUGAACACCUAGCCCGAUGGACCAGAGAGAAGAACAGGACCUUCCAGGGACAGGAAUGCCCCAAAAGGCCUGUGGAAGAGGUACCCCUCUAUGGGAACUUGACAUAUCUGCAGACAGGGAGGCUCCCACAGAAGCCAGGGUCCACCCUACAAGAACCACCCACAGGAGACCUCCCUCGAGCAGGGGAAGAAGCUAUGUGCUAUGCCAGCCUGCAGCUGCAGCCCCCUCUGGGACGCUCCCCAGGGCCCAGUCCUGGGCCACCCAUCAAGUACUCGGAGGUGCUGAUGGUGUUGGAUGCUGAGCAGCCUGCACCCCUGCCCCGGCUCCCAGAGCCUGAACUCUAUGCUUCUGUGGGAUCCCAGGCCCGCCGAGCAACCUUUCCCGAUGAGGACUAUGCCAACAGCCAGCCAGGGGAUGGAUGACUGGAAGACUCAUGCUGAAGUGCCAAAUGCAUCUCAGGGGGGAGAGAGGAGAGG